AAAUGAUUGGUGGCAUAGAGACUAGACUCUUUGAAGGAGAGGAUGGUAAAGGAAAAAUGCGAAGUACUCUUUAAAUGAUCUGGACAAUGGACUGUUCAGAGUUGCUGGGGAGGUAUUUGCUGUUAGCCUUGCCCAGGGUGGCCCAGCUCCAAGAUUUUUACAGGACUGGUGUUACGAUUUUCUGUUGAGUGGAACCCUUGAAAACAUUACCAAGGAUAGUGUUUAUGAUGUUGAUAUUUCACCACUGAUUAAAAUGAUCGAGGAGACUUCAGAUUUGUCUUCGUGUACUGAACAGAUAGUCAGCUGUGGUUACACAGGGCCUAUUAACGAGACUAACAAGGAGAAUAUAACAAGAGCAAUUGUGAUGCAUGCUGCUGCUCGACGAACUCUCAUGCUUCAGCAGCUCUGUGAUGGUCUACAGCUUUAUGGGUUAAUUGAUGUCAUGAGAACAAACCGAGAAGUGUGCCGUAGCUUGUUUGUAGUUCAAGGUGGUAAUGAUAAGGUGGACUCUCAUUACAUUGUGUCCCAUCUUCACCCACAAAUGAGUGAGACUGGCACUCUUAAACAUGCCAAAGAGGUGCAAAUCCUCAAUCACUUCCAGGAUUUUCUAAUGGAGCUUGAAGAUGAUGACAGUGUGGAUGAGGAGGCACUCUCUGUCCCAUGGGUGAUGCAGUGGUUGACUGGUCAAUCACAUAAGCACCUGCUUCUUUCAGAGAGACAAGCUUUUAAAAUCACUGUUCAAUUUGACCAUGCAUGUAUGCAACGGAUGCCGAGCCACACACUUUGCUUCCCUAUUGUCAGUGCAUGCACCCAGACAAUUACAUUUCCCACUGCACAUUUUUCAAAUUUAAGUGAAUUUAAAGAGAACAUGAAAGUAGCAGUGAAACAUGGAGCUUGCUUUUACAGACUGUUUGUUUUGAUAAUUGUCUUUAAAUUGAGAAAGUAA